AAAAUGAACACAACAAAUUCAAUAGAAAUGGGUGUUUAUUCAACAAUGCCAGAAUCAGAAAUUAACCUCGACGGCAGCGAAGAAAUCAUUGAAACCCAAUAUGGACCCAUUAAAGUAAUCAUUUAUGGCGACAAAAAUGGCCUUCCUCUAGUAACUUUUCAUGACAUUGGAAUGAAUUCUGAUAUGAAUUUUAACAAUUUUUUUACUUUUUUGACGCCUUCAAAGUUGAUGAAACGCUUUUGUGUUUACAAUAUUAAUGCGCCUGGACAAGAAUUUGGGGCUAGCAAAUUGGCUGGGGACUUUACUUUUCCAACUAUGGAAGGACUGGCGAGCAUUGUAGACGACGUUGUUUCUCAUUUUGGGAUAAAAUCCUUCAUUGGACUUGGAUCUGGUGCCGGUACGAAUGUAUUGAUGCGAUAUGCUACAAAACAUCCAUCUAUUGUUGAUGCACUAGUUUUAAUUAAUCCAAUUUCUCAAAAGGCAGGGUGGAUUGAAUGGUUUUACCAAAAGUUAAAUUUAAAUAAUCUUCGAAAUGGGAAGAUGUCUCAAUUUACUGUGGAUUAUUUUAUGUGGCACUUUUUUGGAAGACGCAUUGAAGACUGCAAUCAGGACUCGUUAAAGCUUUACAAAUCUUAUUUUUAUUAUCAUCAAAAGCCUUGGAAUCUCGCUCUUUUUGUGGAGUCAUUUUUAAAUCGAGAUGAAAUCAAUUUACUCAAUUUAUCAAAAAUCCCAACCCUUGUAAUUGUUGGAAAUAAUUCUGCAUUUAUUGAUGAAUCUGUUUAUUUCAAUUCGCAAUUAGACCCGAAAAUGACUGAAUGGUUAAAGGUUUCCGACAGUUCUGGAUUAGUUUUGGAAGACAGACCUGCAGAAGUUGUCCAAGCCUUUCUUUUAUUUAUUCAAGGACAAGGAUUGUGUUAUGAUUUGGACAUUAACAAAAUUGUGUCUUCUUUAAAAGGCGAAAUGCAAAGCAUAAAUAAACCGAAUAAUCGAAUUUUGACUAUGGAAAAAAGCUUUAUUCAAAUGGACGCGUCUUUUGAUCAAUUUGGAGGUUAUGGAUGGGGAGAACAAUCUGGAGGAGGUGGAGGUGGACAAGAUUUUAACAUUCCGACACCAUUUCAAAAAAGCCACAUAACUGAUAAAAUUCCAAUCCCAGCAAUUGUUGAAGAUUUGUUGACAAUGUCUAAUGAUGAGGAAAAGUAUGUGAUUGGUGGAUAUUCGUUCAAUACGGUCAAAAUUAUGGGCAGGAUUGUGAGUGUGUUUACCGAUUCAAAUCAAUGUACUACCUACGAAAUCUGUGACGGAAUGGCUGGUGAUCAACGCGUAGCUAAACGUUUUACGGUUAUUCGUUAUGGAGGAACUGAUUUGCAACCAAAUAUGGAGCAAGUCUUUUCUGAGGGUCAGACAGUUCAGGCUGUUGGAAAACUUCGAUUGUUCAAUAACCGCCUUAGUCUUGUCAGUUUUCACAUUCGGGAUGUUUCGAUGGAAGAAGUUGAAAUUUAUAAAAUGGAGUGUAAACUUGCUAAAUAUUACUUUUCGAAGGUUUGA